GCGUCCAGGUUCGGUGCACCUAAUCCAAGUCAAACUAUACUAUUUAUCGUGAAGUUUUCUUUUUAUUUUGUUUUCAUCAUUGGGUCUUCCGAAUUGAAAGCAGAAAAGCAGAAGGAAAAAAGAGAAAAAGAAAAAGCUCCGUCUCGUAGACCGUCUCUCUGUCUUCUCCCUGUGUCUGAUAUAGAUGACGAUUUCGGAAGACCAGAAGGAAUCGACUUUGGUGAAUCCAAAACUAUCUCCGCCAAAAUCAUAUGGCGCCGUCGUUCUUGGUGGCACUUUCGACCGCUUGCACGACGGGCACCACCUGUUCCUCAAAUCAGCGGUGGAGUUGGCCAGGGAUCGAAUCGUGGUGGGUGUUUGUGAUGGUCCCAUGUUAACCAAAAAACAGUUUGCUGAAUUGAUACAACCCAUUGAGGAAAGGAUGCGUAAUGUUGAGAAUUGCAUCAAGUCUAUCAACCCAAAGCUGGUGGUGCAAGUUGAACCAAUUACAGAUCCCUAUGGACCUUCAAUCAUUGAUAAAAAUUUGGAGGCCAUCGUUGUCAGCAAGGAGACAUUACCUGGUGGAGUAUCAGUUAACAAGAAAAGAGCAGAGAGAGGCCUUUCACAGUUAAAGAUUGAGGUUGUAGAUCUAGUUUCUGAAGAAUCUGGUGAAGACAAGCUGAGUUCAACAACACUAAGGAAGCUUGAGGCUGAGAAGGCCAAAAACCAACAACCUGCACAAACUUGAUAAUAAACUGAUAUGAUAUCAAUGGCUUGAAAAAAUUGCUUGUCAGAUUCUUUUCCCUUUUUUGUGAAACCUCCCACAGCAAAAAUUGUAUAGGGAAACCUGAAUUCAAUACAAUAAAAGCAUGCAUGCAUGUUUCUUCUUCUCAAAA